ACGGUCGAUGAAGCUCGCCAGCACUCCGCAGCAUCCGGACGAGGGCGACAAAGAGAGCGGGGCUUGCGGACCCCAGCUGCGUCGCGCUGGCAGCUUGACCGACCCCGGGACGAGCCGUCUCGCCGGCGCCAGCAGCGCCGGCGUGGACAUCGACGUCGAGAUGGACCCGCCGCCGGACCCGCCCGCUGCGCCGACGGCCGCGCCUCCCCUGGACAACGUGAACGGUGUGAAUGGCAUCCAAGAGGUGAACCCGGGACAGCCCCAGCCCGAGGCGGCCCCGCCGCCGGUCAUCAGGCGGAGAGCCCCCAUUGCCUGCCGAAGGUUCGUGUGGUGUCUAGCUCAGCAAUUGCCCGGAUCUCUGUGUCGUUUCUCGUAGCUCGCUGCCGG